AUGCUACAUGUAGGGCGAAGAAGGGAAAGGCAAGGCGAAUGCGAAUGCGAAGUGUGCCGCAACUUCACCCGAUCUCAGUCCUCCUUUUCAGCUGCCUGGCGCGGUAUCCGCAGUGAACAGGCAAGCCGUAGAAGGUCGGAAUCAUCCACUACAUUACGCUCCACCUCCCGACCUAGGAAUGGAGGAGGAUCAUGCUUCGACACAAAAUUCGGUGCGGCCACCAGCGGACCGCCUACGGGGAGAGAGCGCCAUAGGAUCAAAAGGGCUUUCAAAAAGAUGCGCCAGAAGGAAGAGAAAAAAGAGCAGGAUAUGAAUGGUCGGAAAUCGCGUAGCAAGCGCUUUAACGAUCCGGAAUCUGAUUUCGGCAAGAAGAGCUUGGUGUACCAAAUUAACAAAGGAGGUCUUAAGGACAAGAUUACCAAACUGCUGGAAAGCAAACAAUCGGAUACUCCAACUGAGUCGCAGUCGCGGUCAUACGAUCGAACCCAAAAUUAUGGCGAGCGCUCGAGGAACACCGACAGAACCGAGUCACGGUCAUAUAAUCGAACCGAAAGCCAUGACGAGCGCUCGAGGAACAUCGACAGUCAAGCCCGGGACCGGCGGUCGGGCUUUGACAGAAUGCGACAAAGGGCGAGGGAAGAGCUGGGAGGCGAAGAAAGAGACGACGCAAGAGACGACGCAAGAGACGAUGAGUUCUGGGCUCUGGCAGGCCCUGGAAGGAAGUCUGGUGAUUUUGCGGCCGCUUUACCCUAUACUACGGCGGCGUCACAGUUUCUCUUCGGGCGCUGGCCCGUACUGGCCGCUCUGCGCGAGGCUCGGCGCAAGAUCUACCACCUCUACAUCUACGCCGGCGCCAGCAACAGGCAGUCGAUCGAAUUCAUCCGCACUCUCGCCGAGAAACACAAAGUCCGCACGACCGUCGUUCCGGAGUCGAGGCAACAUCUACUCGACAACGUGAGCAAGGGUCGGCCUCACAACGGCGUCAUCCUAGAAGUUUCGCCCUUGCCCCAACUGCCCAUUCUAGGGCUAGGUCCCGUUGCGGAGGAUGGCUACACCGUCGACAUCGGCCACCAGCUCAAAGAGGACGUCGAGAUCAAUGGCAGCGAACCCUUUCAGCGAUGGGACUCCCGCGGCGCCCACAAGCCCCUGGUCGUCCUGCUGCACGAGGUGAUGGACCCCGGCAACCUAGGCGCCAUGCUACGCACGGCGCGCUUUCUUGGUGCCGCUGCCGUGGCCGUCACCAAACAGUCCUCGUCCCCCAUCACGCCCACGGUGGUCAAGGCGGCCGCCGGCGCCGCCGAGGAACUCACCAUCUUCUCCGUCGCAGACCCGCUGGCCUUCCUCGAGUCGUCCCGGGAUGUCGGCUGGGCCUCCUACGUGGCCGUCGCGCCGUCGGCGGGGCGAAGCGGCCAGAAGCAGCUGACGGCCGACGAGCUGGCCGAGGAGGACCCGUUGCGCGAGAAGCCGUGCAUCCUCGUCCUGGGCAACGAGGGCGAGGGUCUGUCCCGGAAGAUGAUCUCGAGGGCGGACUGUCAGGUUUCGGUUCUCCGGCAGGCCAGAGUUGGCACCAGCUCGGUGGAUAGCUUGAAUGUCAGCGUUGCCGCCGCGCUGCUUUGCGAUGCCUUCACGCGAGGUGCUAGGGCCGCCCCGAAGACGUUCCAACAGGCGCUGAAACUGGACGAGAAGAAGGCCCUGGGGAGCGAGAGUCUGUUCUAG